CCGACGACGAGGAGAGGGUUGCGAUUCGUGAAACGGCGAAACGGUGAAAGACAACCUAAAAGAUCACCGUUGAUUCCUCGUCGGGCUCAAAGGCCAGUUUCAUGAUUUAUCACGAGAUCUCGCUGCCCUAUUUCAUAAAGAACAGAGCACAUGCAUCUUACGUCCCAGCCGGCAAACAUCCCUACCCCUCAGAGCCCAAAAUGCCCACCAUCAUCCCAGAACUCCCUUUCAAACCCACCUGGGCCGAGGCGCCCUCGUCUAGAGACCCCCGCCACGCACCAACCCCCCUAACCGAGGAGCAAAAACAACAUUUCCUCACCCACGGCUGGGUCCGCAUCCCCGACUGCUUCACCAAAGACCAAGCCGACUGGGUAGUCCAAGACGUCUGGACUCGCCUAGGCUCCGACCCAAACGAUAAGCCCACCUGGCGCGGCAGGACCAACAUGCCCUCGCACCGCAGCUUCGACGCCUCCGUCUUCGCCCCGAAAGCCUGGUCCGCCAUCACCGAGCUCUGCGGCGGCGAAGACAAACUCGUCGACGUGUCGCGGCAGUGGAGGGACAACCUGAUCGUCAGUCUCGGCACGGCCGAGAACGAAGGGAGGGACACCGACCCGCGCGACCUCGACAACUGGCACGUCGACGGCGAUUUCUUCGUGCACUACCUCGACUCGCCCGAGCAGGCCCUCCUCGUCAUCCCGCUCUUCUCGGAUAUCAACCCCGGCGGCGGCGGCACCAUGAUCUGUCCCGCCGGCAUGGAGAGGAUCGCGAAGCACCUGUACGACCACCCCGAGGGCGUCUCCCCUUCCAUGACGCCGCGGGGCGACCCCGAUUUUGACAAAGACGUUGGCCUUCGCUUCUACGUCGACCUCGUCAAGUCUCUGCGUCGGCACGACUUUGUCGAGGUUACGGGGGAGGUUGGCGACGUGUUCCUGUUGCAUCCCCUGAUGAUGCAUUCUGCGUCUACGAAUCCCCGCCGUCAGUUGCGCAUUAUUACCAACCCGCCUGUUCACUUCAGUGAGCCGCAGAGCUUCAACCGCCCGGGCGGAACGUACAGUCUAGUGGAGCAGACAACCCUCAGGGCUCUAGGGAAGGAUUCGUUGCCCGAGUGGGAAAUCGCGGGACCCAGGGAGCGGAGGAUACCGGAGCGGUAUAAGGCGCUGGCUGAGAUGCGGGAGAAGGAGAGACGACGACUAGAGGGGACUUCUGAUGUUGCCGUUUCUCCAAUUUGAACCCGAAUCAACUCAUGGGACGUGGUAGCGAAGAAUUGAGACAAAUUCAGUAGCAGCAGUGCACAUGCAGUUUCAACAGGCGGAUAUCAUGAAGAUAUUUGAUAUUUCGUGCUGUCACCAUGAGAAUCAAAUACUAUUUGGCACACAAUGCCUAUACGACU